UUUCUUCUCGAGUCUGCUCGACGACCUUCCGUUGCCGAUCGGCGAGGUGUCCUCCUCCGUGCUCGCCGCAUCAUGCCAGCGCAUCCAAUCUCCUCGAGACGAUUCCGCCAGAGUGACACCGGAUGCCACUGAAAUUGAAAAGGGGCUUCUCAUGCUUGUCACAGCCGAUUUUCCAGGCCUCCAGGUGUGCAAUUCCGAGGGCGUCUGGUCGCCGGCGGACCAGGGCGUGCCGCCGGGAAGCUUGCUGCUGCUUGCCGGCCGUUGCCUCCAUCGCGCCACGGCCGGCCUCUGCCCCGCCUCCACCUACCGCGUGCUGCCGCCCGUCUCCUCGGGAACCACCAGGUGCGCGCUCUCGUUCCGCCUCAUGCCGCGCCCAUCCGCGGUGAUCGACUGCGCCGUGCUGGCGCACGCGGGCCACGCCGUGCCCGCCGCUAUGCGCGAGAGUGUGUGCGCGGGGGCCUUCAUGGACGCGCUGGGCCCGUCCGCCUCCGCCGCCGACCUGGGAAGCAGCGACAGAGAAUCCAGCCUGGCUGUGUCAUGCAAGCUGGAGAAGUCGUCUCUUGCCUCCAUGGUCUCGGACCCUGUCUCGGGCUCGCUGCUGGAGGAUGCCAUGGUGGCUCAGUGUGGGCAUUCCUUCGGCGGAGCAACACUCGCAAGAGUCAUGGACUCGAUGGUGUGUCCAUACUGCAUGGCGCCUGUUGACGUCAUGGCGCUCAUUCCCAACCUCGCUGUGAGGUCCGUGGCAUCAUGUUUUGGAAAGGGCCUGCCGCACCACACAGGGGUCGGGGCUGGGCCGGGCGCAAAGGCGCACAAGAGGAAGCGAGACAAGGAGCACACAGGGGAGGGCAAGCUGUUGCCAGACGGCUCCCUGCCUCAACCAGUCAAGCGCCGCCCCAAGCCUGAGGACUCGGGGCUUCUCGGGUCUCCUGAUGCUGAAGGUGGUGGCCGCCUGAAAGGCGUGCAGUUUCCAUUCUCCGUCAACGAAAAGGUUCUGAUAAAGGGGAAUAAGCGAACGCCUGAGAAGUUCUUUGGCAAAGAGGCAGUGAUCACUUCUCAGUGCCUCAACGGCUGGUAUCUCGUGCGAGUGCAGGACUCGGGGGAAAGCGUCCGUCUGCAGUACCGUUCUCUUCAGAAGUGUGAUGGAACGCCAGUGGAAGCCAAGUAUGAGGCGCACCAUGCGAGCACAGCAGAGGCACAGGCAGAGGAAGCAGGGGCGGGCGGAGAUGGCAAGAGCUGGUGGGGCGACGAGGGGGAGAAACGCCUGAUGGGUGAACAGCCAAUGAUGGGCGACAUGUCAGUCUCUCAGCCAAUCAUAGGCGAGAUGUCAGCCUCUCAACCAAUGAUGGGCGAGAUGUCAGCGCUGCUCCAAGCAGACGACGACUCAGACCACCCACCGGCCUUUUCAGACGACACUCUCCUCCCUCACAACCCAUCCAACAGCAUGUCUGUAUCCCCAUCUCUGCUCGGACAGUCAUUUGACCACUCGCAGAAACCUUCCAGCAGCAGCACUCCUCUAUCCCCAUCUCUGUUGGGACAGUCCCUCAUGCUGUCUCCCCCAUCCAGCAGCCAUCUGGCAAUGCUGAGCUCACCGCCUAUGGAAGGUCGUGCAGCCAUGCUGACCUCACCACCGCCGCCCAACAGCCAUGCAGCAAUGAUGAGCCCGCCGCCGCCCAUGGGCGGGCGGCUGUCCAGUGUGGCGGAGUCGAGCUGUUUUGGGGCGGCUCAGAAGCAGCAGCAGGCUGGUCAACUGGCAAUGCCAGUGCAGGGCUUGCAAGGAGGAGGGGGGGCUUCUGGGGGUGCAGAGGCAGGGGGGUGUGGGAGUGAAGUGCCAGGGUUGGGGCUGUCACCUGGGCAGCAGCAGCAGCAGCAGCAGCAGCAGGGGGGGUCUCUGCUGGCCCAAGGGACGCAUGCACUGAUUGCAGCAGCCGCAGCUGUGGAAGCCGAGUGCAGGGGGGAAGCGGCUGGUGGGGAUGUUGAUGGUGGUGCUGGUGGUAAUGGUGCUGGUGGUGAUGGUGCUGGUUCUGGUGGCGGUAGGGCUCCCCUUGCUACCAGUGGAAGGCAAUACAGGGGUGCACAGGGCAGCAAACAUGGGGCCGGGGCGGGUCGGUCGGGCAGUGUGGCUGAUAGACGGCCAUCGGAGCAGCAAGGGCCGCUGCCCCUGUGGAUGUCACCCGACACGGCAACCACGAUUCUGCACCAGGCGAUUUCAGAUGCUGGUGGUGCUGGCAAUGUGGAGCGUGGUGAUGGGGAGUUGGGAGCGGUGAACAAUCAGGCUGGUUAG